GUGUCCUGACCGCGAGCUCAAGCAGCAUCUCGCCAACGGCGCCAAGGUCGCGGGCGCGCGCUGGGUGGUCGCGCUGAGGCAGACCAAGUGGUCCAAGUACAAGUCUCGACUGGUAGCGCCGGGCUGCCGGAAGCGGUCCACCUACAACGGGAACGACGCCUGCCGGCAGAGGGCGUCGGCGGGCUGCCAUUUUAUCAGGAUGCCCAAGGGGCGCCCCGCGGACCCGGGCAAGGCGUUCUACGCGCAGGGCGCAAUCUACGGUAACAAGGACGCGGGGCGCGCCCGGCAUGAGCAUCUGAAGGCCAACCUCGAAAAGACGCAUAUAUACGAAUCCAAGCUGGAGAGCGGGGUUGAAGAUUGCUACGACGGGGAGCUCCAGAUGGCAAUGCGCAGCCACGCUGACGACUUGCCGGUUGCCGGGAAGGCCGCAAACCCCACGGCCCACAAGAUACUGGGAGAGAUGGCUGAGUUUCUGGAUCUGGAGAGACGCGACGGAGCAUUGGGAUACUGCCGAGUACAUAUCAGGCACGGCGAGGCAGGGAUCUACGUCGCGCAGGCGGUGAAGGCCGCGGAGUAUAUCCCCAUCGCCCCGGACAGGAAGAAGGUUCCAGACGGGCGCGCAACCAUGGAGGAGCUGAGCAUGUUUCGCAGCGCGAAAGGUCAACUACAGUGGCUGGCGCAUCGCUCGAGGCCCGACAUAGCUUUUGAGCAGACCAGGCUUGCGCAGAGGACGUCAGAACUGAGGGUGCAGGACCUCCUCGACGCCAACAAGCUCGUGGACUACGUCAAGCAAAACAUCGAGCGCGGCCUGCACUUCCGCAGGGGCGUCGUGGACAUCAGCACAGCGUGCGUCCUGGCCUACGGUGGUUCCUCGUUCGCGAGCAUGCCCGGUAAGCAGAGCCAGGCUGGAGCAACGCUAUGCCUCACCAGCGCUCCUAGAGAAGUUGUGGACGGCCGGUAUAACGAGCAGGUGACCUUGGCGUGGGCAAGCUUCCGAGUCAAGCGAGUUGUGGGACCCGCGCUAGCUGCGGAAGCGUGCGGCAUCAGCGAGGCCUUGGAGCAUGGCCAGUUUCUACGACCGUCUCUGCAGGAAUUAUACAUACGAGCCAACACCAAGCUCAAGGAUGUUGAGAGACGAUGUGCAUCAAGGCC